AUGAUGUUACCAAGCCCGGUCACCUCCACCCCUUUCUCAGUCAAAGACAUUCUGAAUCUGGAGCAGCAGCAGCAACAGCACUUCCACGGCGCGCACCUGCAGGCGGACUUGGAGCACCACUUCCACUCGGCGCCCUGCAUGCUAGCCGCCGCUGAGGGGACUCAGUUUUCGGACGGAGGGGAGGAAGACGAGGAAGAAGAGGGCGAGAAACUGUCCUAUUUAAACUCACUAGCUACAGCCGAUGGCCACGGGGAUUCGGGGCUCUGCCCCCAGAGCUUUGUCCACACGGUCCUGCGAGACUCGUGCAGCGGGCCUAAGGAACAUGAAGAGGAGCCCGAGGUCGUGAGGGACGGGAGCCAAAAAAGCUGCCAACUGAAGAAACCUCUGGAGGCAGCCGGAGACUGUAAGGCGGCAGAGGAGAGCGAAAGGCCGAAGCCACGCAGCCGCCGGAAGCCCCGGGUCCUCUUCUCGCAAGCCCAAGUCUUCGAGCUGGAACGCAGGUUCAAGCAGCAGCGGUACCUGUCGGCGCCCGAGCGCGAGCACCUCGCCAGCAGCCUAAAGCUCACGUCCACCCAGGUGAAGAUCUGGUUCCAGAAUCGCAGGUACAAGUGCAAGAGACAGCGGCAGGACAAGUCUCUGGAGCUGGGCGGGCACGCGCCCCCGCCGCCGCCGCGCCGUGUGGCGGUGCCGGUGCUGGUGCGGGACGGCAAGCCGUGCGUCACUCCUGGCGCGCCCGCCUACGGCGCGCCCUACAGCGUGGGCGCGGGAGCCUACUCCUACAACAGCUUCCCUGCCUAUGGCUACGGGAACUCGGCAGCCGCCGCCGCAGCCGCCGCCGCUGCAGCCGCCGCCGCCGCGGCCUACAGCGGCAGCUACGGCUGUGCGUAUCCCGCAAGCGGUGGCAGUGGCGGCGGCGGCGGCGGGGCCUCCUCGGCGGCCUCGGCCAUGCAGCCCGCCUGCAGUGCGUCUGGAGGCGGCCCCUUCAUGAACGUGAGCAACCUGGCCGGCUUCGGGGGCGGCGGCGGCGCGCAGCCGUUGCACCAGGGUGCGACGGCGGGGGCCGCGUGCGCUCAGGGCACCUUGCAGGGCAUCCGGGCCUGGUAG